AUGGUGUACAGGACGGGCGAUGACGGACUCUCCGUGCAAGAUCUGGAUGAGCUCGACGUCGGGACGCUCACCCCGCUCUCGCCCGAGGUGAUCAGUCGACAGGCGACGAUUAACAUUGGGACCAUCGGGCACGUGGCGCACGGAAAGUCCACCGUGGUGAAGGCGAUCAGCGGCGUGCAGACGGUGCGGUUUAAGAAUGAGCUCGAACGGAAUAUUACGAUCAAAUUGGGAUACGCGAACGCGAAGAUUUACGCGUGCGAGGAUGAGAAGUGCCCGAGACCGGAUUGUUAUCGCGCGUACUCGUCGACGAAGGAGGACGCGCCGGCGUGCGAGGUUCCGGGGUUCGAGGAUAAAAAGAUGAAGUUGAUUCGACACGUGAGUUUUGUGGAUUGUCCGGGACACGAUAUUUUGAUGGCGACGAUGUUGAACGGUGCGGCGGUGAUGGAUGGGGCGCUGUUGCUGAUCGCCGGGAACGAGACGUGUCCGCAGCCGCAAACGAGCGAGCACUUGGCCGCCGUGGAGAUUAUGCGCCUGAAGCACAUCAUCAUCUUACAGAACAAGAUUGACUUGGUGCAGGAGAACGCGGCGGCGAACCAAUACGAUACCAUUUGCAAGUUCAUCCAAGGGACGAUCGCGGACGGUGCGCCCGUGAUCCCGAUCUCGGCGCAGUUGAAGUACAACAUCGACGUCGUGUGCGAGUACAUCGUGAAGAAAAUUCCGGUUCCCGAGCGCGACUUCUUGUCGCCGCCGAACAUGAUCGUCAUUCGUUCGUUCGACGUCAACAAGCCGGGUGCAGAGGUUGAUGAAAUUCAGGGCGGCGUCGCCGGCGGCUCGAUCCUUCAGGGCGUGCUCAAGGUUGGGCAAGACAUCGAGGUUCGCCCGGGAAUCGUCACCAAGGACGCCGACGGCAAAGUCAAGUGCAAGCCCAUCAUGACGCGCAUCGUGUCCCUGUUUGCGGAACAAAACUUGCUUCAAUACGCCGUUCCUGGCGGUCUCAUCGGUGUCGGUACGACGUGCGACCCGACGCUCACGCGCGCCGAUCGUUUGGUCGGCCAAGUGCUCGGUCAAGUCGGCGCCUUGCCCGAGGUUUUCACCGAGCUCGAGGUGAACUUUUUCCUUCUCCGUCGUCUCCUCGGCGUGCGCACGCAAGGCAGCGAGCGUCAGAGCAAGGUGAGUAAGCUCGCCAAGAGCGAAGUUUUGAUGUUGAACAUCGGUUCCAUGUGCACCGGCGCCCGCGUCGUCGCCGUCAAGGCGGACAUGGCGAAGCUCCAGCUCACCUCGCCGGUGUGCACCAAGGUUGGCGAGAAGGUCGCCCUGAGCCGCCGGGUCGAGAAGCACUGGCGUCUCAUCGGAUGGGGCUCCAUCCAGGCCGGCACUCAGCUCGAAGAAUAG